GCUGGUGCCCCGCGGGUCCGAGCGUGGACGUCUGGGCAAGCGGUGGGGCUUCGGGCCCAGCGUCUAGCCGCUCCCCGCGCGGCCGUGUCUGCGGAGGCCACUUGUCAGGGUGCUCGGACCUGCGGGAGCGGCGCGGGGAGCCGCUCUGGAGGAGCGUGCCGUGCGGCCGCCCAGCCAGGGACAUCCCCGCGACUUGUUGAGUAAGGCCCCACCAUGUCCGGGCCCCAGACCCCAGAACCAGCCCUCCGGAUACAGGGAGAUGCCCCCACGGGCGCAAGGGACGAGGACGCUGCUGACGGGAUCCAGCACUCACACCGCAUGCUCAGCUUCAGUGAUGCUCUCCUGUCCAUCAUCGCCACUGUAAUGAUCCUGCCUGUGACCCACACGGAGAUCUCCCCAGAACAGGUACUUGGGGAACCACAGUCUGCAGUAUCCCGGUUUGACAAAAGUAUACAGAAACUUCUGGCAACCAGGAUUGCUGUUUAUCUGAUGACGUUUCUCAUCGUGACUGUGGCCUGGGCGGCACACACAAGACUGUUCCAGGUUGUUGGGAAAACAGACGACACGCUUGCUUUGCUCAACCUGGCCUGCAUGAUGACCAUCACCUUCCUACCGUUCACUUUUUCCUUAAUGGUGACCUUCCCUGAGGUGCCUCUGGGCAUCUUCUUGUUCUGUAUGUGUGUGAUCACCAUCGGGGCCGUGCAGGCGCUGAUCGUUGUGUAUGCGUUCCACUUCCCCCACCUCCUGAACCCCCAGAUAGAGAGCUCCGCCCACAGGGCCCUCUACAGGCAGCAUAUCCUGGGCAUCGUCCUUAGGGGCCCAGCGCUGUGCUUCGUGGCCGCCGGCUUCUCCUUGUUCUUUUACCCCUUGUCGUACCUGCUGAUGGCGAUGGUCAUCUUCCUCCCCUACGUCAGCAAGGUCUCCAGCUGGUGCAAGGGCAGGCUUGUGGAGUCUCCUCCCCUGGCCAGCUCCUCCUUCCUGGCACACCCACAGGCCCCCAGGAGCCCCCAGCUCACAGCGUGGAGUUCUUCACUUUUGACCUGCACGAACCUCUCAGCAAGGAGCGGGUGGAGGCCUUCAGUGAUGGGGUCUACGCCAUCGUCGCCACACUCCUCAUUCUGGACAUCUGGACCAAUGCUGUGUGUUGGCCGCCCUCAGCGAGGACAACGUGCCGGACCCCAGGGACGUGAAGGAGAAGUUCCAUGGGAGCCUGGUGGCAGCACUGAGCGUGUACGGGCCGCACUUCCUGGCCUACUUCGGCUCCUUCGCCACGGUGGGCCUGCUCUGGUUUGCCCACCACUCGCUCUUCCUGCACAUCCGCAAGGCCACGCAGUCCAUGGGGCUGCUCAACACACUGUCACUGGCCUUCGUGGGCGGCCUCCCGCUGGCCUACCAGCAGACCUCAGCCUUCGCGCGACAGCCGCACGACGAGCUGGAGAGCGUGCGCGUCAGCUGCGCCAUCAUCUUCCUUGCCAGCAUCUUCCAGUUCGCCAUCUGGACCACGGCCCUGCUGCACGAGGGGGAGACGCUGCAGCCCUCGGCCCGCUUCGGGGGCCGGGAGCAUGCGUUCAUGUUUGCCAAGCUUGCGCUGUACCCCUGUGCCAGCCUGCUGGCCUUCGCGUCCACCUGCUUCCUCAGCCGGUUCAGCACGGCCAUCUUCCACCUCAUGCAGAUCGCUGUGCCCUUCGCCUUCCUGCUGCUGCGCCUCCUCGUCCGCCUGGGCCUGGCCCUUCUGUGUGCCAUGCGGGGCCUCACUCAGCCAGCAACCCAGGCCGAGGAGGACGCACACGCCCCGCUCCUCCCUGCUGCCUGCUAGCUCCUGGGGCCUGGCUGCCCCCACCUGCACUCAGCCUGCUUUUGGUUUGUAUCUUCAACCUUCUUCUCUAGAGCCUUCGGUAGAUUUCUGCUUCUGCAGACAGUGCGACAGGAGCUUGUGUCCCGGUCUCUGUCCUAGGCCCACAUUCUUGCUCUUUGUGAAGCUAAACCACCGGGGUGCUCGCGCUCUUGCUGGGAGCCCAUUGUGCCAGCCCUGAGUGGGGCGUGGGUCCCCAGGUACAAAGGACACGGCAGCAGCACAGCAAUGGCCACACUGUAUUGUCCUGGAUAUAAAUUAUGCUUACAUUCAGGUAGUGACAAGGUACACAAGGGCCUGGGUGCAAGCCCACACCACUCCUCUGGGCGCACAGACGCACUUAAAUACAAAGGACAGACGACUACAGACCAGAACGAGAGCCGAGGCCUGCAAAGCGGACACAAGUGAUGCCACCAGGGACGUCAAGGCAGACACACGUGUGUGUGCUGGAGGCACAUGAUAGGGAUGUCCCACCACAAAUGGCCACUACAGUACAUUUGUGCGGAUUUGGCAGAAGCUCGGGGGACAUGGGGCUAGUGGGCAGAGCUCGGUCACAUGGUGCUGGCAGCAAACAGCCAGGAUGAGUGGAGAAACAGGAUUCCUGGGCCUUUCUUUGGGGCCCCUGGAGCCUCCCCAGACUGAUCCUGGGGCUUGUCUGGACCCAGGGUAGGGGAGGCCCAGGCACCCGGUCAGCUGGACGGCGCUGGGAAGGGCAUGUUGAUCGUUGACAAACAGGUGAUUAAAGCUGGCUCCUCCCCAA